AUGUCCAUCAAUCAAGUUACGGCCCAGGUUGCAGGGCUAGCUCUGGAACAACCACCGACUCUUGCUGACUCGCCCUCGCCAGUGGUGCAAGUUACACAACCAAGAGCGGCCGGAAAAGGUGAGGAUCUUGAUCCAGCUGUUCUUCAGGAUACGGGAACUCACUCAUCCGGACCAGGCGGGCAACUGGCCUCCCGACUUGUCCAGGAUUGGCUUGCCGGCCAUCUGCCGGAGGGCGGAGAGGGCGAACUACGGACUGAGUGCGCUGCGUUGCGCGUCUUCCCUCCUCGUCCUGACGGAGGCUCGGAUCACGAUCUCAUCACCCAGCCUUCGCAAAGCUAUGACGCAGCGCAUGACCCCGAGGGCCGGGGCAGGACUGUGCUCUCCUGCAUGUGUAGCUGCUGCCGUCACCACUUCGUCUUUCAUAUCUUCCCCCCCUCCGGUGAGGAUAGCGAGGCCCAUCUGCAACACCAUUUUCGUGUCGAGGAUGCUACGUGGUACGCCGGCUCCGAAUCCGCCGUUUUUCAGCCCUCCAGCAACGAACACCUUCGGGGCCGCUUUCGGUAUGCCUGCACCGUCUGCGGCAUUGCGGUUAACCUAGAAAUAUCUGUACCCCGACUACAGUCGUCUUGGCUCAAGUUGAUCAUGGACGAGAAUAGGAUCAAGGAGUCUCUGAGGGUUGCUAGGGAGCAAGACCCAGCACGCUACGCGAACCUCAGCCCGGAAAAGGAGACGCACUAUUUAACAACCCCCCUCUCCACCCUGAACCAGUACUUGAAGAACAUUCUGGAUGACGACGGUACAGGAGCUCAUAAGAGGAUCUCCUACCGAAACAAGACAUUUCUAGUACAGUUCGGUCGAGACUGCGACCACAUAUUUCGAUACCUAGGCUUUAAGGAGGACCACACCGACGAUGCGGGUGAGUCAUACUGGCUGCCACCGCGGCUGCCACCUCCGGAAGGCAAAACACCCAUUGGUUCGCUCAGGGCAUUUUACGACGAUGUGAGGUGCGAAGUGCAGAGCGUGCUUGCCGGCAGGCCGCCUGUACAUGGUGAGCCCGUCGUCAAACCUAUCUCAACAGCUGGGGCCCGUGAUCAGCUCGAGAGGGCCCUCGGGUGUGACAAGAGCCAUCGUUGUUUCAGCACAUUGCCGGUGAUCGAAAACGAGGCACAGCACUUCGCCACCUUGGGCGCCCCCGUUGAUGCUGACAAUGCGUUGAUUAAGUUCGCGUACAUAAGGCAGGUGGAAUCGGACCCCGAACACAUGCCGGCCUAUCUAGAAGCACUCGGCACCCUUGCGGCUCGCCGAUCAGAGGAACUCCAGAUGUUCGUUUUCACCCAUCAAGAGCUGCUUGCAAAGCGCCAGAGGGAGACUACCGCCGUACCCGCCGAUGGUGGCCCGGCCGGGAAGGCCUAUGCUCAUUUCGGCCUCGAGAGGACUUGCUCAGAGGACCCAGCAUAUAUCGUUGGCGUGUACCGAACCUUCAGGGAUCAGUCCCCCGCCCAAAAGUCGGACCAUCGGCUCGCCUUGCUCGAGAUUUGGAACGAUUGCGGAAGCGACGAAAUCCGAAUCGAGGUGUUUAGGAAGAAUAUGGAUUUGUCCGAGGCGUGCCAGUUCCUGCGUGUGGAACCGGACUGGCCAAUGGAUAGUAUUGCGGUCAUGGCCCAGAGCGUAUCCUCGGAUCUUGACCUCGACCAUCUGGACCUCUUAUUACUCGCGCUGGAAGUUAUUUCAGUCCGUAAACCGGAUAAUGACCCCAACCGCCCGGCUUUUGAAGGCGUUGUUGCUGAAAUCCUGUCCAGUCGCCACUCCUUACUUCUUUCCACUGGGCCUGGAUUUAAUGGCGCUGGGCCAACGACUUCUGAGCAGCGCUCUCGCGAGGCCGUGGACGCGGAGCUACCCGUUGGUCUUGUCAAUCUCCGGAAUACCUGCUACCUCAACAGCAUACUCCAGUAUUUCUACUCCGUCAACGCAGUGAGAAAUCUCGCCCUGAAGUCCGAUCUACCUGCCCUGGAGCCUACCGAAACGAAUCUUAGCCAUAUUCUGCGUGCCGACAGCAAUAACCAGGAUGGAAACCAGCCUGAGCUGGAGACUGGGAGAGCUUUUGUUGGCCAUGAGUUCACACGCGAGCUUGGCGCCCUUUUUCGUGACUUGGAUGCCACCGGCCAUAGCUCGAUUCCGCCUCGCCAACGCCUCGCCAACGCUGCUUUACUAAAACCGGAGAAGUUGCGCCCCAGCGAUGCUGACGCGCCACCGCUGCCGCCGCGCGCGGUUGAGAGCUCCCUCAAGGAAGUUUCUGACGUACCAACGCUGGAAGUCGAACCUUUCGACUUAGCAAGUUCCGCUAGUUCGCAACGAACGUUAGUCGACCGCGCCGAUGCAGAAGUCUCCUCGGUCGUCACACUUGACGAUCGGGCCACAGACAAAGAAGUGGCGAAUGCGGAUAGCCCUGCUAAGGAGGCGCCAUCCGACAGGACUGCCAGCCGUCCGCCUGGGGAUAAGGCGAAGAUGUCCAAGGUCACAGUCGAAGAGCUCGCCAGAGAGCUCGACAAGCCCAGUGUCGGAACCGACCAGAUGGACGUGGACGAAGUCAUGGGGAAUGCCAUCGAUCAUCUGCGAGCAGCGUUCAAGGUCUCCAGCAUUAGUGGCUCUGAGGCCGCGCCCGACCCUAUCAAGGAGGCCUUCUUCUCGACAUUCAUUGACAACCGCAAGAAGAUUGGCGAAUCGGAUUGGAAUCGAACAAGCAGAUCGGACCGCUGGGUGACAGCAUACCCGGCUCAGUCAGGGACACGGGACCUGUAUGACGCCUUGGCCAAUUCGUUCGAUCUCGAGCCACUCCCGGGCGACCUCCUCUCAUUCACCACAAUUGAACAGCCCGCGCCGCACUUCCACAUCUGCAUCCAGCGAUCUGACGGCUCUGGAAAGAAUGCUAACCCUAUCACCAUCCCCGAGACGCUAUACCUCGAUCGUUUUAUGGAUACCUCAGACACCCAGUCCUCCCUUCACAGGGGGAGGAAGCGCAAGUGGGACAUCGAAACCAGAUUGAACGAGAUGGAGGAUUCUAUGGCGAAAGAGCGUCGAGAUUUAUCUAAGCCGGCGUUGCAGCCUGCAGGCCGCCCCUCGGUUUCAAGAGCGCAAGAGGUCGAACUCACAGAAGAGGAGGUUGAUGGUUUCUUGCUCCUAGGGGGGUUCAACGAGCCCAUUCAGACCCAGGCAUCGCCAGAGGGAACAACGGACAACGAUCCCCAUUCUCCCGGUUUUGCCACUAACCAACAGCUGAAGCAGCUGAUGAAGAAAUACGGGGUUGAGGAACCCCAGAUUUCUCAAGUGAACGUAAAACCGCCACCGCCGAAGAGCAGCUACGACACCGACAUCCCACCUCCCGGCGUCACUGAGUUUUGGGAGAGGUUCGUGGCCGAGGAGAAGGAAGGAAAGGAACAUCUGAUGGCGGAGCGGAACAGAAUCUUCGUCGAUGCUCACGAAGUGGUUUACCAUCUCCAUGCCGUGGUGUGCCACGCGGGGGCGACUGCCUCUGCAGGCCACUACUGGGUGUGGAUCCGCGAUUUCGAGCGCAAUGUCUGGCGCAAGUACAACGACACUGUGGUAUCGGUGCACCCGGGAGAGUUUGUCUUUAGCGAACUCAACACCAAGGGCGAACCCUACUACCUUGCCUACGUCAGGGCCGACCAGGUCACCGACCUCGUCAGCAUCCCGCGCCGCCAACCGCUGGCACCCCCGCCUGUACCCCCGCGCCCGUCAUCGGCCGAGGACUUUGUGAUGGCUGCUAAUGGCAGUGACGGUGUACUUGAGAGUAUUGAGCACUGCUUGGGAGCUGUAGUUAACAUUGUCGGACAGGGAACCGGUGGAGAGACCAUCAUCUUCGUCCAUCAGAUCCUAGCGGGUUCAACGGGCUAA